AUGGGUUGUAGUCAGGCGAAAAUCGAACCAGAAUCCUUGACACCUGACGAUGCAAGAAUUAUUAGAGAAACAUGGAAAAUGGUAGGCCGAGAAGCCUAUGGUGAAUAUGGCCAAAGGCUUAUGUUAAGAAUUUUCCAAAAAUGUCCAGAUAUAAAAGCACUUUGGCAGAAUCCCCGAAUUAUGAACGCAACCAAUGCAGCUACCACAUCUGGUGGUGAUGAAGCAGACGCGCCUAAUACGGCAAAUCGAUGGAAGAUGGAUUUACGAAAUCAUGGUUCCAAAUUUUUCAAUUCCCUAGACGAUUUAAUUAAUGUGGUUGAUAAACCGGACGAAUUGUUUAAAAUGUUACAUGACAUUGGCCUUCACCACAAAGGUUAUGAAGUCAAAUCAGAACAUAUUCAAGCUAUUGUUGACGGUCUCAAUCAUACGAUGGAAUUUGGUCUACGAGACAAGUGGACGGACGCUCGACAAAAAUCCUUUGGAAGAUUGAUUAAUAUAAUUGUUGCACGUACAAACAGAGCAUUAACUGGUGAUGAAAAAUAA